AUGGCAAUCUUACCCGAGAAAUAUGCGUGCCUCUUCAUCGGUAUGUGGUGUAAAAAGCCGAAAAUUCUCUCCCUUUAGUUUGUGAUCCGCUAGAUCUUGAUAAACUUAUUUUUCCGCUUGCAAUACUCAAACAUGUGUUCACUACGAGGCUUAUUUUCUUCCUCGGAUACCUUUGUCUGUGUUGUUUUGCGUCGGUGAAAGAGCGAAUUUGAAAUGAUUUUACCUUUCUUUCAUACUUGGGCUACUUUUUCGAUUUUUAGGUGCGUAACUAAGGGUGCGCCUUUAUCGAAUAUUGUGAAACAUUUUUGACUCGUGAGAAAUUUUUUAAAAGGUCUUCAGUUUUCUUUGCGUAGUCUUAGUUUCGGAUGCCUCUCGAUGCUUCUAUUUCUCGUAUUUUAAAUAGAAUUUAGGAGGAUCCUCAGCCAAAGGGCCAAGUGUCUUAGUUUCUCUGCUGAACGGUUGAGUAAUUUUGGGAUUGAGGACAGGGAAUGGGGAAUUCGGAAUAUAUAAUCUUUGAAACUUUUGGUCUCCUCCUUAAGUCUGCAGAACUGUACAUUAGUGUCGGAAAUCAACUCUGAUUUCAUAAUCAAGCAUCAGAAAAUUAAAAUAAUUGGAUAAUUAUUGACCACCCGAUCAAUCAUCAAUGAUAUGAUCGGAAAAUCUCUUUACAAGAAUUCCAUUUUUUUAACUUUGUGCAAGUCAAAGUCCAUGUAUAAAUACAAACUCGGCUUACAGGCGAUCAAAUUCUCUUUCUUUUUUAAGAGGCCAUAAGAAAGAAGUGACCACCCAUUUUGGCUGAAUUGCAGUUAAUUUUAAUAUCAAAAUAAUUUAGUGGCACUUGUUAGAGAAUGCUGUAUUUAAUUAUUAGUGUGACUGUGGUGUACUAUUUACUGCUUUCCUAUUCACUAGAUGCUUCUUGGAGGGAUAUUUUAACAGCUUAUAGCUUUUCAACAACCAGUGCUCAAGUAAGAAGACAACUUCAAAGGAAAAUAGAAGAAUUGUUUGGUGGAUCUGAACAAUGGCUUGUCUGCUUAUCCAUUCGAACUGCCCUGGAUGCGUUUCUUGCCGUCAUGAAGUUUCCAGCUGGCUCAGAAGUAAUCUUUACGGCGAUAAAUAUUCCAGACAUGGUGUCAGUUGUCGAACGUCAUGGACUAAAGGUUGUACCAGUUGAUCUCGAUCUCGAUACAUUAGCACCAAAGCCUGAACUAGUCGAGCUGGCUGUAACAGAAAAAACUGUCGCCAUUUUAGCAGCGCACCUUUAUGGUAAAUGGAUCAAUCUGGAGAAGGUUUUUCAAGUUGCUCAUGAUCAUGGUUUGUACGUUUUGGAAGACUGUGCUGAGUGCUUCCAGGGAUUGAAAAGGAAAGGCCAUGAACUCUCUGACUUGUCAUUUUUUAGUUUUGGUUCAAUAAAGCACUACACAUCUUUCGGAGGAGCAGUUGUGGGCGUAAAAAACCCUGAAAUCCUCCAAAAAAUGCGAGCAAAAGUGGAGGAAUAUCCCAUUCAAGAUCAGUGGACUUACUUCAAGAAACUUGUUUGCUACUCUUUGCUAAUGAUGGCCGGAUUCAAUAACUCCCUUUUCAACUGGUUCUUUAUCAAUACCUUUCAUAUGCUUGGAUUUAAGUAUAAAGAGUACUUCAUCUCAGUUUUGCGAGCUUUCCCUGGUGGGGUAACUAUUGAUAAACUUCGUCUACAACCAUCUGCCAUGCUACUGAGGUUUAUGCUAUACCGACUGAGACAUGUCACUGAAAAAGAUUUCCGUACUAUCAAGUUGAAGGGUGAUUUUGUAAGCCAGAAUCUCCCAAAGAAUGUGUUUGUUCCUGGAAAGAAGGCAGACAUAACUAGCUAUUGGCUUUUCCCUCUUGUUGUGGUAAGUUGAAAAAUUUCUGAUUUAGUUCAUGUCAUUUGUCAAGGCUGUGCUUUAUUGUAUGCGGCCUGAAAGCUCUGAACCUUGAAAUCCAGGGUGACCACAAAACUUGAAAUAAAAUAUUAAAAAUGACGUAAAUUACAUACAUGGAAGAAUUAGAGGUAUUUUUCUGGCAAGGAUGCUCAAAUUGAAACCAUGGGCUUAUCACAUGAGCUCCCUCCCUAACCUAAGACUAUAAAUAAAAUAAUUGUAAUAAAUAAGUGGCAAAAUGAUUUUGAUAUAUAUUUAGGAUAAAAAGCAAGCAAAACAAAACACGCUAAAGAGAAAAAAGCAGCAAAAUCAGGGUGCCAAGAAAAUCAUUUUUACAGCUUGCCAUUCGGGCAAGUUGAAGCUAGCAUUUACUAGCCCAGACAUCAUUUCAAAGAAUUCACUAGCCUGAUAGCAAUCUCCACUAGCCCCGGGCUAUCGGACACUACUUUAUUUGGUCACUGAAAAAGAAAGUGUUAUUUGCCAGUGGUGAAAUCAGCAAAAGUAUGCUGUAGGUGACCAAGAGCUACUGGGCACUGUUACUGCCUACAGCACGGCCCUGAUUGUCUUUGAAGUUCAUGGGUAUAAAACAUUUAAAAGCAUCUAAGUAUCUAGAAAGCGUUAAGCAUUGUUUUUAUCCAGGGCUUGCUGUCACUGAGGGCCUGGACCUGAGGAUUUCUCCCCACUUCUAUGAGCAUGUCCUAUGUCCCCUGGCCACUUCAUAGGUGGCAUGCGAAGAAAGUAGUGUCUGAUAGCCUGGUGCUAGUGGAUUUUGCUAUCGGGCUAGUGAAUUCUGUUCUUAACUUGCCCUACAGGUUAAUGAAGCUUUUUGAGGAAUUCAAAUUACAUAAGAACUCUGUUAUCAAUCCUGCUUCUCAAAACGUUUUUGGAGCUAGUUGAAAUGAACAUGCCAGCUACAGCUUUCCCGAAUGGCAAGCUGCAAAACUGACUUUCUUUGCACCCUGAUAGGAAACUAAAGGAAAAAGGAAACAAAAGAAAUUCCUAGCUGUUCAAUAGCUAGAAAUAAACAUCAUAUGAAAAAAAAAAUAAUGAAUCAUCAAAUAGAAAAUGUGGAAGAAAAGGGUAGACUGUGUCUUAAAUCAGAAUUUUUUUUUUUUCAGGAUAAUCCAGAUGAGGUGGUAAGGGAACUUGAAAAAGAAGGUGUAGAAGCUUACAGGGGUGCAACCCAACUCUCCACUGUUUUCAGAACAAAAGAGGUUGGAGAAAGAGAAGAUACCAAGAAAGAAGAGAGCAAUGUAGAUGCUGAACUUCAUCUUGCUAAUUUGCUCCCUGAAACAAGCGCUGUUACAGCUUUUAAUAUGUCUUCUGCAUCAGAUUUACCCAAACCAAGUGGGACACCAAGGUCGUCAAAUAUGACAUCUGCGCAGUUUAUGUGUUCUCCGCCAUCAGCCAGUGGCACAGGAACAAGCAGUUCGCUUAGCAGAGAAAAGGAUGAUGUUUUGUUUCCUCACAAUGCUAAGUACCUGAUAGAUCAUGUUGUGUACUUGCCUGUUCAUAAGAGGGUUUCUUUCUGGUACCUUGAGCACAUUUGCCGCGCUGUGGAGAAUGUGAUGAAAAAGAGGAAAGGAGUGAAAAUUGCUGAUACCAAAAAUGUCCUUUUUCAGUCAAAGUUGUAG